AUGGAGCGGAAGAGGGUCGUGCACACCCUCGAUACGCCUUACUCGGCCGUCGAAUGCUUCUAUGCCAGCGUUCACCGUAAAUCUUUCAUUCCCCCAUCCAAGGGAAAACGAAAACGGGCCAAGAAAGCAGGUAGUCUAGAGAACCCUGAGGGAACAUCACGAAUCUCCGAUUUACCCCCCACACCAGAACUGUCCGCCUAUGUCGAUGUAGGGCUCUCCCAAAUCUCCCGCGAGCUGCAGGCCAUGUCUAGCCAGGACAAACGCAACCUAACAUCAGAAACCGCACCCUCGGGUCUCGGUGGCGAGGAGCACAAAAUCGACGCCAGGCCCUAUGCCGUGGUCUUCGUGGCCCGUUCUGGCCAACCAUCGACAUUCCACUCUCACUUCCCCCAGAUGGUAGCUCUUGCUGCUCAAUCCCAGCCGGCGGACAAGGCCGUCAGGCUGGUUGGGUUUUCCAAGGCUUGUGAGGACCGCCUGAGUGCGGCGCUCGGGAUACCCCGGGUUUCUAGCAUCGGACUGCGGGAAGAUGCCCCGCAGGCAAAAGGGUUAGUCGAUUUCGUGCGUCACCACGUAGCCCGCAUCGAAGUCGCUUGGCUCCAGGAGGCGCGGGCUGGCAAAUUUCUCGAAACGAAAAUCGAUGCCGUCCCUACAAAGAUCGGAGUCAAGAAGCUGAGACUUUCAUAA